GCGAUUUCUUUAACUUUCACUUUCUGUUGAGUGUAUUUGCUUAUCUUCCGUUGUAGAGAUUAAUGCGUUUUCGAGUGUUGUCUUGGUGAAAAUAACUAACUCGAGUAGCAUCCAUCGCUUUACGCUUUACACCAAAUUAAUAUUAAGUCAGUCUGUCGUGUGAUCACUUCACUUCAGAGGUGAAGUCAUGUCGUUGCUGGAUAAAAUAAAGAACAAGAGCAAAAAAGCAGCCCGUGAAUUUGAAAAGGCAGGUUUACGCACUAACUUGGACAUCCAGUUUGUGACUCGAGAAGAGCUUCUUGAGUUGUUUCCUGGAGCUGAGAACUUCCAACUGAGAAGGACCAUCUUUGGAAUUAUAAAUGAACAGAAGCCAGUUGAUGCAGUCAUAAGAGAACUGAAGGCUUUCAUCCCACAUGAAAUUUUCAGGGCUGCUGUAACUGGGAAUGGGGUCUUUGUGGAUUACCUCCAUAUCCUGAAGGACAUGAAGACCCAGAUGAACAAUGUGCAGGCUUUCCUUGAUGCUCACAUUGGUCUUCUUGAAGAAUUCAGCAAAUAUCCACCGGAUGAGGCUCUUUGUCAGACCAGUACCCCAGAACCCUGCAAUCAGCUGAUGCCCUGCAAUGCCUCAAAUGCUGACCAAGAACAAGGAAAACCAGAUAUUGGAACCUCGAGUGCCAGUGGUCCACUGCUUCUCCAGUCUAACCAAACUGGUAUUGAAACCCCAAGUGCCAGUGGUUCAUCGCAUCAAUAUUUUAUCCAAACUGCCACAGUGCAGUACCGGAGUGUUGCCUGUUGCGGAACCCUUGGUGUCCCUGACCAAAUGAUGCAAAAAAUGAAGAAUCAAUGUCAGGGUCAGGUUCAGAUUGUUGAAUGCCAGGAGGAUUACUGGAUAACGGUUGUCUUCUGCCCAGUCACUUCACGCGUGGGGUCAGAUGCUCAGUCAGCUUUGAGUAAUGUCACUGAUGAUAAACCUGUCAUUCUGGUGUUGAUGUACCACAGACAUCAGCCCAUGUGCGUUCCAGAGAUGAGAGAAUUGUCUUCUUUCCAAAAUGUUGUAUUGUGUGUCAAUGUUUUCUACCAUGAGAAAUGUGGAUUACUCACAUGUGCACAAAACGAUGCUGCUGUCUCCAAUAUACAAAGCAAAUUACUAGAGUACAGCAAGACAUCAAGACAUCCAAAUACCACUAGAAAUGACCCCUGCGCACCUGCUGAAAGUAGUAAUACCAGUAAUGCUCAUAACUGGUGGAAUUUUUCCAUCAUUAAUCGAUCCUCCUUCCGUUAGCUGGGCUAUGUGCCCUUGAGCAAGUCACUUGCUCAAGGGCACAUAAGUAACUCAGUAACUAGCCAAAGGAUGAACUUUGUCAGUAUAUCUAGAUAAGCAAUUAAUUUAAAAAAAAUAAAGAUUAUACAAUAAAGGUAAUGCUUGCUUUAAAGCAUGAAUGUGCAUUUUUUUCUGUACUUACUGUAAAAUUUUGAUGUGCAAAGUGUAUAAGGUGCAAUGAUUAAUAUGCCUAAUACUUUUAAUAAACUACAAGUAUGAGUGUAA